CUGACCAUUAUGAGCACAUCUUAACUUUUGUCAAGUAGGUUUAUUUGGUAUUUGUAGUAGGAUUUCCAGAAGAAUGUUAGGUUUUUAACCAAGAAUAGAAAGUCCUAUAGUGUCUGUAUAAUAUAUAUGCCUGUUUGGUGUGUGUGCAUUUGUGUGUGUGUGUGUAUUUAUGUAUGUGUGUAACUGUAUUUCAGUUGCCCAGAGAUCUUCCCAGCAAUCGCAUGAGGCGCCUGGAAGUACAGAGGAAUUUAGCAAGGUACUGUAAUGAGGGAGGCCGCUCUCAGUCUUUCUUUCUCUCUCUCUCUCACACACACACACACACACACAACCCUCUACCAGCUUCUUGCCCAUCUUAGAGACAGCAGUUUUUCUCCACCCACCACAGCAGCUGGCAAUAGCUCAGUCCCAUCUCACAAAACCAAUAAUAAGCCCCAGAAAAAGACGACAACUCAUACUUAAUGGACAGAUAAGACUUUUGGAUGAGCUCCUCGGACACACAGAUCUGCCCAUUUUUCUGCAGAGGCGAUCCAGCUUGAGACUUGAGACUGCAGACCAAGGAGAACAGACAAUACAGACAAAAUCAGACUUUUGUAGACAUUAGCUACAGAGCAUAGCCAGAGAUGAGUGGAGGUGUCUGUUCUGUGUUUUUCCUGGUGAUUGGGGUGACCUUGCUCAGUGGCCUUAGCCGCCUGGGUGAAGCAUUGUCUCCAAAUCAAAGUGUCGGCAGAGAGGAGGUGGAAGGGCCCAGUCCUCCUCACCUUAUUUUUAUCAUGGUGGAUGACCAGGGUUACGGAGACAUUGGCUACCAUGGCUCAGACAUCCACACUCCUGUGUUGGACCAGCUGGCAGCAGAAGGGGUCAAACUUGAAAAUUAUUAUGUCCAGCCUAUCUGCUCGCCCUCUCGCAGUCAACUCAUGACCGGGCGCUACCAAAUUCACACCGGACUCCAGCAUUCAAUCAUCCGACCACGUCAACCACUCUGCCUUCCCGCGCACAUUCCCACCCUACCAGAGCUCCUGGUUGAGGCUGGGUACGCCACACACAUGGUGGGUAAAUGGCACCUGGGCUUCUGCAGGCCGAGCUGCCUUCCCACAGGACGUGGAUUUCAGAGUUUCCUGGGCACGUUGACGGGCAGUGGAGACCACUUCUCCUAUCAGAGCUGUGAUGGGGCUGAAGCUUGUGGAUUUGACCUACAUGAUGGAGACAGGCCUGCCUGGGAGAUGAGCGGCAACUACUCCACUCUGCUUUACAUAGAGAGAGUGAAGCAGAUCUUGAGGAGCCACGACCCCCAGAAACCCCUCUUUCUCUACCUGUCCCUUCAGGCUGCCCAUACACCUUUGCAGGUACCAGACAAUUUUCUGCACCACUAUGAUUCCCAAGGCAAUCGUCUCAGGCGCCACUAUGCAGCCAUGCUGAGCUGCCUGGAUGAUGGGGUUGGAGAAGUGGUCCAGCAACUGAAGACUAGUGGACUUUACCAAAACUCAGUAGUGAUCUACUCAUCUGAUAACGGUGGGCAGCCACUCUCUGGAGGAAGUAACUGGCCACUGAGAGGGGGCAAAGGGACCUACUGGGAAGGGGGUAUCCGGGCUGUGGGCUUUGUUCAUAGUCCCCUCCUGAAGAGGAAGGGUGUAGUCAGCAGAGCACUGAUCCAUGUUUCUGACUGGUAUCCCACAUUAUUGGGGCUAGCAGGGGCCCUGCAGUCCCACCGUGGUCUUGACGGUCACGAUGUGUGGGGCACCAUCAGUGAGGGUCUACCCUGUCCUCGCACUGAAAUCCUUUUCAACAUUGACCCAGUCUCCAGGAAGCCCGGGGAGCCAUAUGACAAGGCACUGUUACUCAACGGCUUUGGGAUCUGGGACACAGCCGUAAGGGCUGCAAUAAGGGCUGGGGACUGGAAGCUACUGACAGGAAAUGUAGGUGACGGAGACUGGAUACCACCACAGGCUCUUCCCAUUGGUCCAGAACGGUGGCAGAAACUCGAGAAGCGGCGCAAUGAGCUGGGGAAGUCAGUUUGGCUGUUUAAUGUCACAGCUGACCCCUACGAGAGGUCAGAUCUGGCAGAAGCUCGUCCGGAGGUAGUGAAACAUCUAAUGACCAGACUGGCAGAGUACAACCAGACAGCUGUGAUGGCCAGGAAUCCACCAGAUGAUCCUAUGGCUGACCCGGAGCUUCAUGGAGGAGUGUGGAGCCCUUGGCUGGGCCUGGAGGGACAUGAAGGGGAGGAUUUCAGGAAAGAAAGGAUGAUGAAGAUUAAGUACUGCAAAGUAUGCAAAUUAAAAGCCCUCUUCAAGAAAGUGGGGUCACGUCUGGAGAGGAACACCCUGUUCAUCUAAAUAUCUCAUCUAUCAACAGUAAUUGGACUAAAAGGUGUCAGUAUGCUUCAAAUAAAUGACCAUGUGCAAAAGUGAGGAAAAAUGCUGUCUAUCAAAGUGAGAUGCACACAAAAAAGUGACAGAAGUGGUUCUGUUAAGUAGUUGUGUGAAGAAUGAAAGUAGAGAGCUUGAGAGAGAUGUUCAAAUUAUACAUACUUUCUCACCCCUGGGUAUCAGGACAUACAUGAAGUCGACAUGCUUGUCGUGUUGUGAACUAAAACUUGUGGGGGCAGGAGGUUUCAGAUGCUGUUCAAUGAUCUGACGAGGACUUUAUUCAAAGCAUACUGACACCUUAACCUCAACCAGGAGAAAGUGAAAGGGAAAGAGAGAUGGAGACAAACUAAAAUACAGACCAGCGGACAACCAGGCAGAUCAGAUAGACAAGAUAGACCAACAAUCAAAUACUGAAGGUCGGGAGAUAAACAGGCGGCCUGAUAGACAAAGCAGACAGAACUGUGCGGAUGGCUGAGCAAGCUGACUCACUCACUGUCCUGUGGCUAAACAGCAGCAGGGUGACUUUGGGCCAUCGUUGGUCUGCAUAGGAAGCAAUGUGUGCGUCAUUGAGCCUGUUUUCUAGUAUUCAUGAACAGUUUGAUUAAUACAGAUAGAGAUGGAGUGCGUGCAUGAGGAAGUGAGGCCCGAAGAGAUGGGAAGAGGAAUAAAAGGCACGGAGGAUGACCUCUCCAUGUCUCCUGUCCUAAUCAUCUGAGAGGACCCUUUAAAGAUGACACAAAGACACCCACGGCGGUUGUUUUUGUCAAACGUCACCUUGUUCUUUUGUUCUUAGAGGUUAUACAGAUUCACUUCUGCUCAUGCUGUGGCUCACUCCCAUGUCUUUGAAAGACCUCUGACCACCACGCAAUGUCCAGUCCCUGCAGCAAUGACUAACAAAAGCUCAGUUGCUGAUACCAUCUGUCUUUUCUGGACUUUUUAAUGUCACUUAACUCAUCUACACUGCCACAAAAUGUUGGGAAUCUGAUUCAGAUGAUCUAAAUGAAAUCAUGAAUGCAAAAACUCAAUGUUAGCAUCUAGCUACACACACAAUCUCUGCAAAAAGUCAUGGACCAAACCUGGUAGCUUUAUUUUACAGUCAUUUUCUAAUUAUUUCUUAAUAAUUUGAAAGGUGUUUCAGAACUUAAGAACUUUACUACCAACAGGGUACUGUUGGUAGUAAUUACCAACAGCACUGAACCAAAACCCAUUUAUAAACUACUCAUUAACAUGUAUAACUGUAGACUUCUCAUGGGAUUUAUUAACUCAAACAUAGUUUGUCUAAUUGUUGAUCUGCAUACAAAACUUGAAAUAGUACAAAUGUACAGACAACAGUACAGUAAGUGUGAA